CACGCUACCCUUCUUACUCUUUCAUCGAUCCAAAUCCAUCCUCAUUUUUUGUUCUCGUGCCCAUUCUUGUCAAUCCAUUAAUCUAGUUUUGAAAUAAAACCACACGAUCCUUACCUUUCGUUUGAAUCAUCCUACACGGUCUUGGUGCAUUGAAGUAUUAGCAUUUCCCAUAAUCGACUAUAGCAGCUACCGUCCACCAAGUAAUAAGGCAAAAGAUAAAAAAGAUGAGGGAGUGAGUGACUAAUACUUUCAUGUAUGUUCUCUUCCUAUAUCGGGCAUAGUUGAAACUGAGAAUAAAAAUGGAGGGAGAGAGAAGGAAGAGAAAAAUAGAGAAAGAAGAAGAGAGUGAAGAAGUGCAGAUGGAGAAGUUCUUUGCGCUGAUAAAGAGCACGAAAGAUGUGCGCGAUCGCCUCUGCAAAGAGAAAGAAGAAGAGAAAGCAAAGGGUGUUUGGAAACCAACGUUUCAACCAGAAGAUUUCAUCGACGAUGAAGAUUUGGUGAGGAUUAAUAUUAUGCCUGCACCUGCACCUGCUACUGAAGCUACUGGUCCUUCAGGGAAAGAGACAAAGGAUGGGGUAGACAAAGAUUCAGCAGAAGCAAGUGCAGCUGCGCCACUGGAUGAAAAUGGAAGCAAAAAUAAAGCAUGUGAUGAUGAUUUAGACCUAACGCUUUCUUUAUAAUUAAAAUUACUACAUUUCCUUAAUUUC